AUGGAAUUCGAUUUAAAUAGUUGGUCAAAAGUGAUUCCUUACUGGGAGGGUAGAGAUAUUGGUCAAUAUUCUGAUCAUAUAACUGUUUGGCUUGAUAAACAUAUAGGACGAGAAGGACAGAAUGAUGAUCUGAAAUUGAAAUUUCGAACAGAUAUCCAUCCUUUAACUACAUUAGAUCAUGAAGAGGCAGAAGUUGAUCCGCCAUUACAUUUGGAUCCGGAAAUACUGGAGCUACUGAAAGAUAGAGUUUAUUUUUUGAAAGCCUUCUUUGACCCUGAAGAAUGUCUUAAAUUUAUAAAUCUAUAUCAUGAUCGAAAAAUAUUUUUUAUUACAUCCGGAUCAAUGGGUGAACAUUUUUUAUCAAGAAUAGCUGGAUUACCCCAGAUUCAAGAAAUUUUGAUUUUCUGUGGAAAUAUUUCCCAUCAUGUACACACUUGGGCAAUGAAUUAUACUGAGAUUAUUACAGCAAUGUUAGACUAUCAGACCAAUUUACUACUACGUUUAACAAAAGAUAUAGCAAAGUAUAUAGAAGAUAAAGGUAAUCAACACAUGGCACAUUUUGAAAGAAAUGGAGCUACAACGUGUUAUGCGUGGGCUAUUAAAUUAACAUUACGCGCGAAAAAGCUUGGUGAUACUAAGUCUAAGGCACUGCUCGACAUAUUAGUGAGGAAAUUCGAGGAUGCUGAACCAGCAGGUGGUGUAGCACCAGUAGAGCACAUGGAGCAAGAUCAACAAUAA